UGGGUGCCUGCCACUGUUCAACCCCCGACCAACAAUCGGUCAAAGAAACACGCAUGAGAGAGAUUUCCAGGUUUACCUACCAAGGCCACCACAAGUCCUUCCUCUGUUCCCAUCACCCCUUAUCUCACAGUGGACUUUGAUCUGGAGCCGGCUCUCCUGCAUGUUUUUUUUUUUUUUUUGAUCUCUGUUACAGAUGAGGUCCGUGAGAAGCAGCUAGUAUUACAUGAUUCAGGCUCUAUCUACCAGAUUUUAGGUGGAAGCCAGGGUUCAAGAGAAGGCUUUGAAGAGAAGCCAAGGUUCUUCAAUUGAGGUCUGGUGAAGAUUGGAGUUGUGAGGUUGAAGGUCCAGCAAGGAGAGGAGGUUUGAGGCAUUCUACUUAUCUCUAGCUUAGAUCUUCCAGAAGUUUGCUAAAUUAUGCAACAAUGCCUUUGAGAAAAUCAAGAUCGAGUGCUGUUGAGAAAGCCCUCCCUCCUGAAGAGCAGCAAGCAAAGAUAAAUGAUGUUCGAAGGAUUAUUGGUCCAUUGUCAGAAGCACUGCCAGACUUCUGUUCAGAUGCUUCAAUAUCAAGGUACCUCCGGGCAAGAAACUGGAAUGCUGAAAAGGCAAGUAAAAUGCUGAAAGAGACUGUGAAAUGGAGAUUGAAAUACAAGCCAGAAACCAUUCGCUGGGAAGAUAUCGCUCACGAAGCUGCGACUGGAAAGAUUUACCGGGCUGAUUACCUUGACAAAUAUGGAAGAGCUGUUCUUGUUAUGAGGCCUGGAUUUCAGAAUACCAACUCAACAGAAGGGCAGAUCAGAUACUUGGUUUAUUGUAUGGAGAAUGCCAUUUUGAACUUGGCAGCGGAUCAGGAGCAGAUGGUCUGGCUCAUUGACUUCCAAUGUUGGACAAUGUCAAGUGUAUCAGUAAAGGUGACUCGUGAAACAGCCCAUGUAUUGCAAGACUUCUAUCCUGAAAGGCUGGCCUAUGGAAUCCUCUAUAAUCCUCCAAGGAUCUUUGAAUCCUUCUGGAAGAUUGUAAAGCCUUUUCUGGAGCACAAGACAUACAAGAAAGUAAAAUUUGUUUAUUCUGACAAUGUUGACAGCCAAAAGAUAAUGACUGAACUCUUUGACAUGGACAAGCUUGAAUCUGCCUUUGGUGGUCAUAAUCCAGUUGGAUUCGACAUCAACAGGUAUGCAGAACGGAUGAAAGAGGAUGAUAAAAAGAUGGAUGCUUUCCUAAAUUCAGGUGGCUCCUUUUUCUCCCAGCAGCAGCCACUUGUUUCACUUCUCCAACAGCCUGAAUCCUCUUUGUCCGAAGCGCAUUCAGAAGCCUCCUCUGAGACCUCUUCAUUGAGUGACACUGAAUUGCCGAAGCCUGAGGAGAUCAAAAACUUGUCAGAAAAAGAGAUUAAAGGGCAGUUUGGCUGCAAGAAUGGUGUGGCUUCUGGAUCAGAGAUUCAGCAUGAUUUGAUUCAAAUGCAUGAGUCGGCUUAAGUAACUAGAUUUUACCACCUCACAUUGGUGAGUUCGCAUGCAACAAGACAAAAGCAUGCACAUAGUUGACUGAAAUGGCUACUCUUGAGAAGAGGUUUACAUUACAUUUCCAUGAGAACGAACCAAUAUUCUAAAAAGCCUUCUUGUGGGGCUGCAGGCCAGGGCAACCUACUUCCUCCAGCUGAGCCUGGCACAAGGACUGGUCCUUGCUUUAUAUGGGCUUAUCAACCCUUUAGUUUUAAAAUGCAUGAUACACAAAUCUCUCUUUGUUUUCUUGUUUUUUGUUUUUUUAUUUUUGGGUACAAUCGAGCAGUCACACCAGUUAGGUGUGAGUACAGUUCAAGAAAUUAACAUACUUAUCAUGCAAGAUCUUUAGACA